AUGUCCACCAUGAACGCCGACGAGCGGUUUGCGCUCAUCUCGGAAAACCUUCAAGAGGUCCUCAAUCCGGAUGUCAUCAAGACGAUCCUUGCGGAGGGUGGAAAUCCUAGAGUCUACUGGGGAACUAGCCCGACUGGCAAGCCUCACUGCGGAUAUUUCGUGCCGGCGGUGAAAAUUGCACAACUUCUGGCAGCAGGCUGCGAGGUUACCGUCCUGGUGGCCGACAUCCACGGAUUCUUGGACAACUUGAAAGCGCCCAUUGAACUCGUCGAGUACCGGUCGAAAUACUAUGAAUACACUAUCACCGCUAUGCUGCAGGCUGUCGGUGUGUCGACGGAGAAACUUCGCUUCGUCCUGGGCAGCUCCUACCAGAAAACCCCCGAGUAUAUCAUGGAUGUCUACAAGCUGUGUUCGAUGGUUUCGGAGCAUGAUGCGAAGAAGGCCGGCGCUGAGGUGGUCAAGCAGUCGGACAACAGCCCCCUGUCGGGUCUCUUGUACCCGAUUCUCCAGGUGCUCGACGAGGAGUACUUGAAGGUUGAUGUGCAGUUCGGAGGACUCGACCAGCGCAAGCUGUUUGCGGCUUCUACGGAAUGGCAACCUAAGAUGGGCUACAAGAAGCGUGGCCAUCUGAUCAACCCUCUCGUGCCCGGCUUGACUGGUGGUAAAAUGAGCUCCAGUGAAGAAGAUAGCAAGAUCGACCUCCUCGAGUCGGUAGACAGCAUCCGCAAGAAGAUCCGCAAGGCCCAGGCCGCGCCUCAGCAGACCGAGAACAACGGAGUUCUGUCCUUCGCCCAGUACGUCCUCUUCCCGGCCCUGGCCCUGAAAUCCGGAACCCCCGAAUUCCGUGUCAGCCGUGAGCGCGAUGGCCUGGAGCCCCUGGUCUACAACAACAUCGACCAGAUGGUGUCCGAUUACAAGAACGACGUCGUGACCCCUCAAUUGUUGAAACCUGCCGUGGCCGACGCUCUCGUUGAGCUUACGGCGCCGAUCCGCGCCGCGUUCGACGCAUCCCCGGAAUGGCAGGACGUCAUAACGAAAGCGUACCCGCCUCCUCCUCAGAAGGAGAAGAAGAAGAAGCAGAAGGACAAGGGAUCGCGCUACCCCGGGGCUGGACAGGCUGCCGAUCAGGCGAAGCCCGCCGAACAAGCGGAGACGGCAAACUAA